AUGCUACAGGAGCUGCGAGCUUCGCAACAGACUGGCCAGAUCCAGCGCCUGACGUUGUCGCAGCCAGCGUUCCAGCUGCAGCUGAGCUGGCGAGUCGACGAGACCGAAGAGAUGAAGACCGAGGCUGCGGAACGAUGGACCGCCAGUCUAUACGCGAAGCACGAACACCUCGAGUCCCGACAGCUCGCUCGUCUUGCGCAGCUGUACAGUGCACUACACGCAGCUGCGCUGCCAGCGCCAUCUCCGUCCAGACCGCACGACGAGAAUGAAGAAGAUCUUGAGAGUAAGGCGCCGCUCUGGAGACGAAACUCGUGCACUACUUCGAGGACGAAGAUACUGCGUCUUGGUGGGAGUCCGAUGGAGGAAAGUAAUGCCGAGGACAGAGAGGAGAUCAUGUGGACGAGCUAUGCGGUGGCCAAGGUGUUUCACGGGCUUACGACGCCGCAACUCCCGACACGACAGUGGCGCUGGCGUCGCUACUCCGACGUCGCCUUCGAGCGCAUCUUCCGAUUCCUCCCCACGUGCAUUGACUCGCAUCUCGUCGCUAUGUCCCUCGCCGCUGUACCCACCACCUCGCUUCUCUCAGAGCUGCAGAAGCGCAUCGAGUGCGCCAACAAGAAGGAGCGCCGUACCAUCUUUAUCGGACCCCCUGGCUGCGGCAAGGGUACGCAGUCGCCUCGUGUAAAGGACGAGUACUGCCUGUGCCACUUGGCUACCGGUGACAUCCUGCGUGCCGCUGUGGCCGCUGGCACCGAGAUGGGCAAGAAGGCCAAGGCCGCCAUGGAGUCGGGUGCUCUCGUGACCGACGAGAUCGUGGUCGGCAUCAUCAAGGACUCUAUCAAGAGCCCCGAUUGUCGUCGUGGCUUCAUCCUUGACGGCUUCCCGCGCACGGUCGUGCAGGCCAAGAAGCUCGACGAGAUGCUCUCUGAGGAGAACGUUCAGGUGGACGCUGUCGUGAACUUCAACGUGCCGGACAAGGUGUUGGUGGAGCGUAUCUCGGGUCGCCGUGUGCACCCGGCCAGUGGCCGCAGCUACCAUGUUAAGUUCGCUCCGCCUAAGGUGGAGGGUAAGGACGACAUCACCGGUGAGCCUCUGAUCCAGCGCAAGGACGACAACGAGGCCACUCUGGGCUCUCGUCUCGAGGCUUUCCACAAGCAGACGCAGCCUGUGAUCGACUUCUACCGUAAGCAGGGCAAGCUCACCGAGGUGAACGCCCACACGGACAUGGACAAGGUCACGGAGCAGAUCCGCAAGAGCCUCGGCACGGACUAGAUUGUCGCUAGUAGAGCAGGCUAUGGCAGUUUUGUAUAGAGCUGCAAAUGCUUGGACGUUGCUGGCUAUGGCAGCUCAAACUCCAAGCAUCUUUUACCCACAGCUGCAUGGAUAUCGAAUACUUAAGUACAAGAUGCAUUUGCUGUA